UUUCUUCCUCGUUCCCCCUUCAACCACCCGCCUUUCCAACGCGCAAGGCUUCUUCUUCUCCCACGUGAUCAGCAUUCUUGGAGCAGCGUUCUUCUGACCCUUCACUUGCUACUACUUGGACGAUCUCUCCCCGUGCCAGCAUGGGCAUCGAGGACGGCCUUCCCGACGACGUGCGCGUGGUGGUCGAGAAGUCGCUGCCAGCCGACGCGUCGGCAUUCGGGCUCGGAGCAUUCGCGGGCACCAUGUUCAUCCUCUCGUCCUACCUUGCUGGGUGGGCGCCGGACGUGACGUGGGUGACGGUGGCGCUGUUCUACGGCGGGUUGGGGCAGUUCGUGGCGGGCAUGUGGCAGUACAAGCGCAACUGCGUCUUCUCCUCCACCUCCUUCUCCACCUACGGCUGCUUCUGGCUCUCGCUCGGCCUCUUCUACUGUUUCAAGCUCUGGGGAUGGUUGCCGGCAGACUACGACGUGUCGGGCGCGGAGGCGUGGUUCCUGGUGGCGUUCUUGCUCUUCAACACGUACAUGCUGGCGGCGGCCUUCACGCUGUCCGUGGUGAACGUGGUGGUCUUCGGCCUCUACGAGCUCACGCUCGUGCUGCUCAUCAUCGGCGACUUCAAGGGCCAACCCGUCGACGGCGGCGCCUCCUGGAUCACGGCUGGUGGAUACGUCGGCGUCUUCACCUCCGUCUCUGCUUGGUAUGCGUCCUUCGCGGUGCUGUUCAACGGCAUGGUCAAUCGUGAGAUCAUGUAUCUCGGGAAACCGCUUUUCUCUCUCAAGCAGGAAUAGCUUCCGCUGCCAGCGGUCGCUUAGCUUAUACCU